CACAUCCAUUUUCCCACUUGGAUACAAAGCACGGCUGAGCUGCUGUGGCUGAAGGUCAUGGGCUCCCAUCUGCCCUGCUGACUGCUGCUCCUGGUUCCCCUUGAACUCAUGCUCCACGUUUGCAUCUGUCCCUGCUCUGAGUUUCUCUCCCAAACCAACCACUGCUGCGUGCUGUGAUUCACAGGGUGUGAAGGAGAACAGCAGAGCUGCUGCUAUCACUCAUUAGCUGGCCUUAUAAUUAUUGUCUCCAUUCCCUCCCUCCCUCUCAGCCACUUUUCAGGUUUGUCUGUUGUUUCCAGACUCUAACACCAAUAGCACUGCUGCUGUGACUCCUGUUUCUUUGCUUUUCUUUUGCUCUUGGAAUUGCAGCUGGCAUUAAGGUACUGCUGCUGUUCUGAACUCUAAUGGCCAGUUUGUCUUAAAGGACAGCAGAGCAUAACCCCAAAAAACAACCAGACAGCCCAAAAUCAAAAGUAGACUUCACAAAUGAGAGGUGCAGAGUGUGAUUCUCAGUGUGCUGCACAGUUCAGCUUUCUGCUGUUGAUACACAUAUUUCUUAUGAAUGAAGCUGCCCUGCAAAUCAUUUAUUAAGUGGCGAUGUGGAGCUGUGGGCUGGUAAUUAGUUCUUGUGUUUCCUGCUGCCUCUGUGAGUUCUUCUUUUGGUGAAGAAGGAAAGGCCCCAAAAAAUCACGCCCUGUCCUCCUCUGGAUUGCACUGCUGUGAUGUGGUUUUGCAAUGUGGGUUCUUCUCCAAUGGAAAGAUGUGCCCUGCAGCAUUAGGUGGUGUUAAGCAACCAGAAUACAGCGUGGAGGUGGGAAAUUGACAGCAUGGUAUAAUUGGUGUGCUGUGAGUAUUCCUGUCCUGAGGCUCCUGGUUGUGCAGUUCUCAUCGUGCUGAGCUGGAGCACCCCAGGCUGGGGGUGUGCAUGCAGACACAGGGGGCUCUUAAAAAGUGCAGGUCUUUUGGGAAAUUGACAUCUGUAGUAUUGGACACCGAUCUGGUUCUGUUGACCUUGAAUGCAUUCCUCAGCUUUGUUACCUUCUGGGCAAUGAAUGCCUGUAGCACAUGUAGCAGUUCACUGCUCUGUAGCUGAGGCCAGUGCUUCUUUGUGUCCCUCCCUGGGCACUUUGUAUGGCCAAACCAAGGCUGCUUUUUACUCGACCAUCUCCUAAAGCCUAUAAAGCUUAGAAAAAUCUGUUAAGAAAACAAUUAGAGACAUUUUCUCUGGUAAGAACGCAUUGCUGGCUGUGCAAGGACCUGCCCAGGCCUGGAGCUCCCGUGGAGUGGGGGAAGAAAAGCAGUGGAAACCUCUUGAGCCCUUCUUCUGUCACCUCAUUGUGAGUGAGAGGUGACGUGCACAAGUGGCAUGUGCAGCCAGGCUUAAAAUAGCCCCCAGCAGCCCAUGGGAAGCCUUAUAUGUCCUGCUGCACAUGCUGGGCUUGGGGAGAGGGCUGCCAGGGCCUGCCAGCAUGCUCCUGAGCAUGCAACAGGUUGAAAGUUAGUCUGGAAAUAGCAGAAACUAAGAAUGGUGUUCAGACUGACAUUGGUAGUACUGUCUGGCACGUGUGAGUGAGUUUUCGUGUCCACCUGUCAGUGGAAAGGAAAGAAAGAACAAAUUGAGAGCUUGGCAGAUGUUUCAGGGAUGGGUUGAUGUCGUCUUGGUCACCUUUUAACAGGAGCUUUCUUUGUUUCUUGACUGCAGGAUUACCAGGUUUUAAACAAGAUGAAAGAGAUAACAGGAAUUCAGGAUGCAGAUUUCCUUCACGCUGCUCUCAAGGCUGCUAAGGGAAACCUGAUGGAAGCACUCAUCGUCCUCACAGAGGAGCGUGAUCAGGAGCCUGGUCAGAACACAGCUGCUGCAGAGCCAUCCUCUUGGGAAGGCAGUGCAGUGGGCAAAGAGCCCCCACAAGGUGGUGCUGCAUUUGACCCUGAAAAGAAAGGGGACAUCCACUCAGCUGUUGCCUACAGACAGCUGGAAUCACCAAAAGCUCAUGCUGCUGAAAGACCACAAGAGGUCCAUUCUCCUGAAAACAAAAAUCGCUCCAAAAGGAAACGCUGUGAGGUCUGGGGAGAGAAUUCCAAACAGAGCGACUGGAAAAGAGUGGGAGAUUGGCCCGUUGGGAUGAAGAACAUUGGCAACACGUGUUGGUUUAGUGCUGUCAUACAGUCUCUUUUCCAGCUGCCACAGUUCCGGAGGUUGGUGCUCAGCUACUCCUUCCCACCAAGUGUACUUGAGAGCUGUCGGACGCGCACUGGAAAAAGAAAUAUUGCAUUUAUGCAAGAACUCCAGUGUCUGUUUGCUUUAAUGCUGGGAACACGUCGGAAGUUUGUGGAUCCUUCUGCAGCACUGGAACUCUUAAGGGAUGCUUUUAAAUCAACCGAGGAACAACAGCAAGAUGUGAGCGAGUUUACACACAAACUGCUGGAUUGGCUGGAAGAUGCAUUUCAGCUCACUGUGAAUGUCAAAAGCCCUGGGGACAAAUCUGAAAACCCAAUGGUCCAACUUUUCUAUGGGACUUUCUUGACGGAGGGUGUCCACGAGGGCAAUACUUUUUCCAAGAUCGAAACCUUUGGUCAGUAUCCCCUUCAGGUAAAUGGUUAUCGAAACUUGAAUGAGUGCUUGGAAGGAGCCAUGGUGGAGGGAGAGAUGGAUGAGGAGACAGCAACUCAGUCAGUGAAAUAUGUACAGGAGCGCUGGUUCACCAAACUCCCUCCAGUGCUGACCUUUGAACUCUCCCGAUUUGAGUUCAACCAAUCCCUGGGACAGCCAGAGAAAAUCCACACAAAGCUGGAAUUCCCUCAGACUAUUUAUAUGGACAGGUACCUCUACUGCAGCAAAGAGCUUAUUCAGACAAAGAGAGAAGAACUGAAGAAAUUGAAGGAAAAAAUGCUGAUUCUGCAACAGAAACUGGAAAGGUACAUGAAGUAUGGCUCUGGCCCAGCACGCUUCCCACUGCCUGACAUGCUGCAAUACGUUCUGGAAUUCAUCACUACAAAGCCUGCUGGAGCUGUGUCCUCUGCGUGCAUAUCUUCUAAUGAGGACUCUCAGAUGAUGGACAGGCAGUCCCAGGGCGAGUCGCUCAUUCUGGGCACACCUUCACAGCCUGACAGCAUGCUGGAUGGAAAGGAUGGUAAGCCUGAAGAUGAAGCCGUCCUAUUGGCAAAUUCUUCAACGCAGCAACAACUGAACACACCUCUGCAGCCUUCUGCUCCACCAGCAGAGAUGUUGGACUGUCCUGCUCCUCACGUGGUUUCUGAGGAAGAGAUGAACCUGGUUACAACAUGCCUGCAGCGAUGGAGGAAUGAGAUUGAGCAAGAUGUGCGAGAUCUGAAGGAGUCCAUUGCCAGAGUCAGCCUAUCCAUUGAUGAAAUGUACUGUGACCCUCACCUCCAGCAGGUUCCCUAUCACUUGCACGCUGUCUUGGUGCAUGAAGGGCAAGCAAAUGCUGGUCACUACUGGGCCUUCAUAUACGACCAGCCUCGGAAAAGCUGGCUGAAAUACAAUGACAUCUCAGUGACAGAAUCAUCGUGGGAAGAGCUGGAGAGAGAUUCAUUUGGUGGCCUGAGGAAUGCCAGUGCUUACUGCCUGAUGUACAUAAGUGAUAAGGUGUCCCACGUUGUUGCAGGUGAAGGUGACAACUCAGAGGUCGGGCAGUUCCAGAAGGAGGUGGAGGCUUUGCCCCCAGAGCUGAGGCGUUACAUCCAGGAGGACAACUGGCGGCUCGAGCAGGAGGCAGAGGAGUGGGAGGAAGAGCAGUCUUGCAAGAUUCCUUCAACUGCUUCUGAAUCUCAAGAGCUCUCUCCUGAGUCUGGGCCAGAUCCAUCUGCAGCCCACGAGCAGAGCCUGCGCUCUCUGUCCUCAGAGCACGCCAUGAUUGCAAAGGAGCAGACUGCCAAAGCUAUUGCCAAUGCAGCCCAUGUCUACGAAAAGAACGGCGUGGAGGCAGCGCUCUGCGAGACAGAGGAGGUAGAACCAAUGAAGGCCCAACUGGGAGAAACAGCCUUUACAGUGCAGGCAGAACAACCUCAGGAUGCUAAAGAAACAGAGCCUGCUGCCCAAAGUAGCUCACAGAUCUCGGAAGUGGAAAUCCCCAGUGUGGGGAAGGUUCCUGUUAGAUCUGAUGCAGAUGGAUAUAAUGAGGAGGUGAUGCUGAGUCCAGCCAUGCAAGGUGUCAUCCUGGCUAUUGCAAAAGCCCGCCAGACCUUUGAUCGCGAUGGGUCUGAAGCGGGGCUCGUUAAGGCAUUCCACGAGGAGUACUCCAGACUUUAUCUGCUUUCCAAAGAGACCCCAACCCCUCAGAACGAUGCCCGGUUGCAACACGUGCUCGUUUACUUCCUUCAAAAUGAUGCUCCCCAGCAGAUUGUGGAACGUACCCUCCUUGAGCAGUUUGCAGACAAAAACCUCAGCUACGAUGAAAGGUCAAUUAGCAUCAUGAAGGUAGCACGAGAUAAACUGAAAGAGAUUGGUCCUGAUGAGGUCAAUAUGGAGGAGUAUAAGAAAUGGCACGAAGACUACAGUCUUUUUCGGAAGGUGUCUGUUUACCUGCUUACAGGGCUGGAGCUGUACCAGAAUAGAAAGUACAAGGAGUCCCUGACCUACCUGAUCUAUGCCUACCAAAGCAACACCACUCUGCUGAAGAAGGGAGCCAACAGAGGAGUGAAUGAAUCACUGAUCACCUUGUAUAGAAGAAAGUGUCUCUUGAAGCUGAAUGAGGUGGCAUCAUCUCUAUUUGUAAGCUGUGAGGAAGCUCAUGUGGCAGAGGGCAUUAGCAUCCUGAAUGAGCUGAUCAUCCCCUGUAUGCACCUCAUUAACAACUUUGACAUCUCCAGAGAAGACAUGGAUGCCAUCGAGGUCAUGAGAAGCCGCUGGUGCUCCUAUCUGGGACGAGAAGACAUGGAUGCAAGCCUGCAGAUCAGGCUGGGCGAGCUGCUCCCCCGCCUGCUCGACGGCUCCACGGAGGUGGUGGUGCUGAAGGAGCCCCCAAAGAUCCGUCCCAACUCCCCGUACGACCUCUGCAGCCGCUUUGCAGCGGUGAUGGAGUCCAUCCAUGACGCCUCGACUGUGACUGUGAAGUAGAUGGCAGAGCUGGCACCUUGGAGUGGCACACUGUGAAGCAUCCGUGCACAGCAUCCUCUCGCCAGGAGGUAUUCAGAGAGGGAAGAGGUGAUUUCGUCUUGAGACCUGUGUGCUUUGUAAAUAGGAGUGAAUGAAAAGCAAUAUUGCACUUUUGAGAUAAGAUGUUAAGUGAGAAUGCAAAGGACAUGAACCACUGUACUAACAUGGCACGAUAGGUACCUGGCAGUUCCACCUGGCUUAUUUUCCUAGGACCAGGCCAGGACACUUGUUCUAUUGUGGCAACUUUGUAUGCUGCCCAGCAGGCACACAUCCCAGGGAAUGACACCGACAGCAGAGGAACAGUUUGGUUUAUCUGGUGAGCACUAUUGGCUGUCAUUGAUCCAUCAGACACAUUUACAUCUUCCUAAAUUAUUAGCUGCAGUAUAUAUUCAGAUCUUGCCAAACUUCUGUCUGAGAGGAACUGCAGUGCUCACUCUGUGUGUUGUGUGCAGUCACGCGUGCAACUGCGUAUUUCAGUUAAGUUAAACAAGCAUUUCCCUUUUGUGUUCUAACUGGCAAAAGAAAAGAAGCAGGAUUCUUCCUCUGAGAAAGGCAAAAUCAAAUAAUGAGAGUGACAGGAGACAGGACAGAGCUGGAGGCUUUACGGGUGCUGUGGUGUUAGCUGGCUGGUUCAGGGCAUAAUCCUCCAGGGUGUGUUACCCUCUUGGGUUGGAAAGUGAACUUCCAUUGCAUCUCUGGUGGAUAUUCAGUGCUAGAUAAGUGAUGAUAACUGCAAGGCCUAGAAUCAGCCCCUUUUUAAUUAACUUCCUGUAAGAAAUAAAUUAUGCCUCGUUUGGAGUUCCUUCUGCGGGCAGCCUAUGAUGUGUUUGAACUCUGACAGUUGUUUAAACCAAACAUUCUGAGUAAGUGGAAGAGGAAGCCUGUUUGUUAGGACUAUGCAGUUUUUCUGAAAGUGCAAUAAAAGCAUUUGUUCUAUGUUAGAAUGAAAAAGUUC